AUGACGCGAACCUCGGACUUGGAGAAGAACAGCCUCACCUACGCCGACCUAGAGUCCCCGGACCCGACCCACCACCUGCAGCACCUGACGCCGGUCGAAAACGUGCCGUACAUGGUCAAGAGUCAAUUCGCCAAGGAGAUGAUGGCCGAGUUCCUCGCCACCUUCGUCACCAUGCUCUUCGGGCUGUCCUGCAUGACGCAAGUGGUGCUGAGCAGUGAGGCCAGCGGCAACUUCGUGACCAUUGCGCUGUGCUGGGGUCUCGCCUUCUUCUUCGGCAUCACCAUCGGCGGCGGCGUCUCCGGAGCUCACUUGAACCCGGCGGUGACCACGACGCUGGCGCUGCUCAAGCUGCUGCCGUGGAAGAAGGUGCCGUUCUACAUCCUCAACCAAGUCGUCGCCGCCUACGUGGCCGCGCUCUUCGUGUACAUUUUGUACCGGCCGAUGUUCAACGAGGUGGAUCCGGACCGAACCACGACACACACCAUCUUCGCGACGUACCCGCACGAGAACGUGGGCAACUUCACGUGCUUCUUGACGGAGUUCGUGGCGACCGCUCUGCUGAUCCUGGGCAUUUUGGCGCUGCUGGACCAGCACAACCGUCCCAUUGGAAAGAAGGCCGUGCCGCCUGCCGUCGGAGCAUUGGUGAGCACAAUCGCCAUGGGGUUCGCCAUGAACACGGGGCUGGCCAUCAACCCUGCUCGGGACCUGGGUCCUCGUCUCUUCAUGCUGUGCGCUGGCUGGGGUUCGCGCGUUUUCUCUCUAAGUCAGUACUACUUCUGGAUCCCCAUUGUGGCUCCGAUCACGGGCGGCGCUGCCGGUGCGUUCGUGUACGAGGCCCUCAUCGGAUACCACCACGUGGAGAAGAACCGUGGCCCGCACCCGGAGUACCGAUUCUAA